AUGUCUGAUAUCGUCGUUCCUGGUUUCAAAAGCUCUGAAUUGAUUGCUGAACUUAACAAGUCAUUCGAAAACUACAGUCCUGAAGAAAAGCAAAAGUUAAUCAAGCAAGUCAAUGGUGUCUUUCAAUUUGUCAUCAAGAACAACGAAGGUAAAGAAGAGGUCUUUGUCGUCGAUGUCAAGAAGGAAGGUAAAGUUAGUCGUGGUAAGGGUGUCAAGCCUGAUGCUAUCUUGACCUUGAAGGAUCAAGACUUUGUUGACUUGGCUACUGGUAAAUUAAAUGGUCAAAAGGCUUAUAUGAGUGGUAAACUCAAGAUUAAGGGUCAAAUCAUGUUGGCUAUGAAAUUGGAUACCGUCUUCAAGGCCGUUAAGCCUGCUGCUAAGCUUUAA